AUGUCUUCAGAGGAGCCACUGAAGGAAAUUCCCGGAAAGUGUCCGAGACCCGGUGAACUUGGACAUGCCGGAUGGAAUAUACUCCACACUGCGGCUGCGGUGUACCCGUAUAAACCCUCAGCUGUACAGCAGGAGGCAUUUCGUAGUUUUCUUCAUGGAUGGUCCUACGCCUAUGCCUGUAGUCACUGCAGUUAUCAUAUGAGACGUUAUUUUGAAAAACACCCACCAGUGGUUACGGAUAAAUUGGCUCUUAAUCGUUAUAUGUGUGAAUUUCAUAAUGCGGUGAAUAGAAGUGUUGGGAAAAGAGUAUAUGAUUGCGAUCCCAUGGUGGUACUCAAACGUUGGCAUCCAACCUUUCCUAAUAUGGAGGAUCAACCUACCAUAGAAGAGCAAAUAGCAGAGCAGAAACGGUUAGAAGAGGCAGAGGCAAUGAAGAAAAGUUUCUUGGUAAAAGAAAAAGAAGAAAAAAAGGAUGAAUCACAACUCACAUCAUCUGUUAAUAAUCAACAACAACAACAACAACAACGUUGGCAAUCGGAGCGGUGGCGUUCAGAGGUUGUUGAAAAUAAUAAAGAUAAUAAUAAUAAUAAUAAUAAUAAUAAUAAUAAUAAUAACAGUAAUUUUGGUGCUUACGCCGCCGGUUGGGGACGCUCAAGCCGAGCAAAGAUGGAAGAACAAGAAGAUAAUAAGAAAGGGUCUGUUCCAUUAAAUACAGAAGAGUCAGUGAAAAAGAAUUGGUUUUUUUCCCGCAAUAACAACACCGCUGGUGUGAAUGAUUCCUCCAGCAGUAGUGUAGGAGGAACCAGUCAGGGCAGUAAUAGUACUGUUGAUACUGGUGGUAAAAUUGCAGAUGAUGAAUCUGAUGUAUUUGCAGUUUUGAAGCGAUUGAAGGCUUGUAUGGUUUACUGUCCAGAGAAUGAUAAGAAGACAACCUCAUCCUCCUAG